CACAACCCCAACUCAUUCAUUCACCCACUCACUCACUCACUCCACUCUCCUUCUUAUAAAACAACACCCCGCUUCAAAUUUUAAUCAAUCCACCAAAAUUCUCCAAUCUCUGCCCCUACACAAACACACAAACACACACACACACUCAUGGAUCUCCUCUGUCUCUUCUACCUCGUCCCAACGUUGUACGCGUGUUUCCUAAUCUGGAAAAUGUUGAACGAGAGAAGAGACAGAGAGUGCUACAUCCUGGAUUACCAAUGCUACAAGCCCCCCAACGACCGAAUGCUGGGAACAGAAUUCUGCGGCCAACUCAUCAAAAGAACCGAAAACCUGGGACCCAGCGAAUACCGGUUUCUGCUAAAAGCCAUCGUGAGCUCCGGCAUCGGAGAACAAACCUACGCGCCGAGAAACAUCUUCGAGGGGCGCGAGGGCUCGCCCACGCUCCGCGACGGCAUAGGAGAAAUGGAGGAGUUCUUCCACGACAGCAUCGGGAAGCUCCUCUCACGCGCCGCCGUGUCCCCCUCGGAGAUCGACCUCCUGGUGGUGAACAUCUCCAUGCUCGCCGCCCUCCCCUCCCUCUCGGCGCGCAUCAUCAACCGCUACAAGCUCCGCCACGACGUGAAGGUGUACAACCUCACCGGAAUGGGGUGCAGCGCCAGCUUAAUCUCCCUCGACAUCGUGAAAAGCGUGUUCAAGACGCAACGUAACAAGCUCGCGUUGCUCGUCACUUCCGAGUCUCUCAGCCCCAACUGGUAUUCCGGCAACGACAGAUCCAUGAUUCUCGCUAACUGUCUCUUCCGCUCCGGAGGCUGCGCGAUUCUCUUAACCAACAAAAGAUCCAUGAAGGACAAGGCCAUGUUGAAGCUUAAGUGCUUGGUGCGAACGCACCACGGCGCGCGAGAAGAGGCUUAUGGCUGUUGCAUUCAACGCGAAGACGAAAGCGGAAGGUUAGGGUUUCAUCUCGGUAAAACCCUCCCCAAGGCUGCUACAAGAGCUUUCGUUGAUAACCUACGUGUCAUUGCGCCUAAGAUAUUACCAACGCGAGAGUUGUUGAGGUUUCUCUUUGUUUCCCUUAUCAAAAAACUGAACAAAAACAACACCCCCAAGGUCUCAGCCCUCGGCGCCACCAAGUCCCCGUUGAACUUCAGAACCGGCGUUGACCAUUUCUGCUUGCACACCGGGGGAAAAGCGGUGAUCGAAGGCAUUGGAAUGAGCUUAGAUCUGAGCGAGUACGAUCUUGAACCGGCGAGGAUGACGCUGCACCGUUUCGGGAACACUUCGGCGAGUAGCUUGUGGUACGUUUUGUCGUACAUGGAGGCGAAGAAGAGGCUGAAAAAGGGUGACACGGUGUUCAUGAUAAGCUUCGGUGCAGGCUUUAAAUGCAAUAGCUGUUUGUGGGAAGUAAUGAAAGACAUGGGUGACGCCAACGUGUGGGACGAUUGCAUUGAAAACUACCCACCAGAUUCAUUGGCCAACCCCUUCAUGGAGACCUAUGGUUGGAUCAACCAAGUCGAGGAUCCCAACACUUACGAAAAUAUUCCCGAUUUUCUCAAGUGAUUUUCCUCUCUCUCUCUCUCUCUCUCUCUCUCUCGACUCUCCAAGGAACAAGGGUCGCAUUCUUUGGAUCUCCAUCAUUUACAGGUGCAUCGCUCGAUCGAUGUAAUUGUGCAUGCAUUAAUUGAAUUUUUCUGUAAACUAUACGUACACUUCUUGUUAUUAUUAUUAUUAUUGUUGAACCCACUCCUCUAGGGUUCUUUACCCAAUAAGGUGUGCUGGAUGCUUCUAUUGCCACUCUGCUUAAGGGUAUGCUUAAUUAAUUUCUUACUUUUCGUUUGCAUCAUUUGUUUAAAUGUGUUAUAAUAACAGGUUUCUUUGCUGACAAUGCAAAAACAAAACGGCAAAAGAAUAAUCUCUAAUAGUUUUUCUUAGCUCUUGUUUAGUGAUAGCGGAUCAUUUUCGGUUUC